AUGUCUCAUUUUAGCAAAGGGAAUGAAGGACUAGUCAGACUUGAGAAUACUUCCAAAGAUUUAAAUGAUGAGAUUAAUAAUUUGUUUCAAGCAAGUCCUGAACAGCAACCAACCAAUGUGUUUUUUAAGAGACAAUGGACACCAGAAACUGUGAACACAGACCACGAUUUAUCACCUGCUAAGACUUCUGCAAUCAAUGAUAUAAUAAUAAUAGAUGAGGAUGGUAUAUCAACACCACCUACAAAGAAAGUAGCAAUCCAAUCAGAUAUUCAAAAUAAGAGCAACAUGAUGGAUGAUGCAAUGGUAGAUGGUGAUGAUGACCUUGACAAAUUGCAAAGGAGACUCUUAAUUGUGAUGGAGAAUGGCUUGCUGGAAAUGCUUAAUGACAGCUUGGAAAAAUUGAAGGCGUAUAUAUUGGAGGCAGGCAUACGUGCGCCAACCGAAAACGGUGCGCGUGCUCAUUAA